AGUCUAUAGAGAGGGCAUUUAAUGCUACAAGCGUAAGUGAAAGAGAUGUGAAAAAAAUCAAUAAACUUCAUUGGUGCGCUAUAAAUAUGCCUCACAGUUACAGUUAUGCGUGGAAGUAAGUAAGUACAGAGUUCCCAUGAGCCACUAGCUGUUUGUACUGAAGGCGUACUGGCACUUCUCGUUUUAAGUAGUGGCCCUUCUCUGCGUGAAAAGCUAGCAGCUGAUGACUAGCCUUUUUGUUGUUUUCCCAAUGAUUUGCAUUUCCUGGAUGAAGCGAGAAUGUAAUUACAUGGGAGGAUUUUCCCCAGUCCUGAUUGCGAUUCCUCAUCAUGCAUUAUCGAGUGAGCCGUGUAAUUCAGCUAUCACGCAAUUGGUUUCUUAACCGUAAGUUUUUUGUGGACUGCUGCAUAUCCUCGGGAAUGUUAGUCCUGGGAGAUAUCAUUCAGCAGAGCUACGAGAUAUUCGUUAAGCGCCAGUCGGAAUUCCAUCGGCAUAGAAUUUUCAAAAUGGGCUACGCGGGUUUUGCAACGGGCGCAUAUGCGCACCAUUUAUAUGCAUACCUGGAUCGACGAUUUCCGGGACGGGAUGUGCGAUCUCUGACGCGCAAAGUGAUUUUGGACAACCUGUCAGCACCUCUACAGUUUGUCCUGUUUUUUGGCAUUUUGGCAUUUGUCGAACGGAAACGGCUACAGGAGUUUUUGGAGGAAUUGUACUCGAAGGGCGUACAUCUGUACGUGACAAGUUCCUUUAUCUAUGCGCCUGCCCAGUACAUCAACUUCUACUUCCUGUCUCCACAGUAUCGGGUUUUAUUUGUCAGUAUACUGAAUCUGGUGUUUGAUACGUAUUCAUCGUAUGUGGCACACGACAAUGAGCGCCAUGAGGCAUUCGAGGAUACCCUUCCCGACAAGUGUCAUUUGUGAUAGAAACCGGCAGUUUUAUGUGAAAAGUGGUCCUUUAUUUUUUGAUUGUGAUACCUUUGUAAUGUGCCUCGUUGGUUUACAUGCUAAGUCGUUAAUCCGUUAUACGCUAUGCAUUGCAAGGCGUACGUUUUCUGCAGUACGUACUUUAUACUUUAUUAGACGAACGUCGGCUGCCGUUUCCAGUCCUAGGCUUCCGCUAACAUUUAUUAUGGUUCUAAUGCGCACUUUCAUCCGAUCUGCUAGUUUAUGUUCCCUUUUAAAUAUAUUAGAGUUUGUUCCCACUGAAUUUAUUUUCGAUUAAUUAUUCUGUGCAGGAUAUUUUACACCUUGAAAGUGCGCGGCUUCUCAAUACAGCUUUUCUGUAUUAAAGACGGCCAUAACAGGCCACGAUGCAUUUAGUAAUUGUUUGCUUUGCGGCAAUGUAGGUGGAAUAUCGAUUUUUUUUCACAG